AUGGCACUAAACGAUGCUGCUGGGAUCUCUUUGGGUAAGAGCUUUAAUUCGUUCGUUAUUGAGAAAGGAGGACAUUCGAAAUUGUCGUUCACCAAGCAAGAUAUGAUAAAUGCAGUGCACGUUCAACGCCGACUUAUCUUAUUUCAAGGGGAUGCACAUGCCGUAGAACAACGUUUUACAAAGAUGACUGAAGAAGAUCCUAAUUUUUAUAGUGCUAUUCAACAAGAUAAAGAAGGAAAACUUCUAAAUGUUUUUUGGGCUGAUGCUAGGGGUCGUGCAAUGUACCGAGAUUUUGGUGAUAUUGUCUCGUUUGAUACAACAUUCUUAUGUAACAGGUACAAAAUGCCAUUUUCUCCAUUUGUAGGCUGCAAUCAUCAUGGGUCUAAUAUACAUUUUGCAGCUGCCUUAAUCAGUCAUGAGGAUUCCGAGUCAUUCGAAUGGGUAUUUAGACACUUUGUUGAAUGUAUGGGCCAACCCCCUAAAGGAAUAUUGACUGACCAGUGUAAGGCUAUAGGGAAGGCAGUGGAAAAUGUGUUUCAAGAUGUGCCGCAUAGGCUAUGUUUAUUUCACAUUAAGCAAAACGCUGCAAGGAACUUGGGUAAGUUACCGAGAUGGAAGGAGAUAGAGACAGAUUUGGAUCAUGUUGUUCACGAUAAUUUUAGCAUUGAAGAGUUUGAGGAUGCAUGGAAGGCAAUGGUUAUAAAGUACAAGUUACAAAAGAACACUUGGUUAAGUGACGCAUAUGCUAAUAGGCAUCGGUGGGCGCCUGGCUAUUGGUGUGGGCUCUUUUGGGCUGGCAUGUCAUCAACGCAACGUAGUGAAAGCACGAACCGUGUAGCCGAGGUGGUGUUUAGCAAGGCUUACACUAAUGAGAAGUUUUUGGAGGUGAGGGACGAGGUGAUAGGGCUAAAGCACACCAAUAUAGUUAAAACAGGUAACAUAGGGUCAAUGAAUUUUUAUGAUGCAGACGAGAAGAUCCCCAAACCAGUAUGGAAAGCAACGAGGUGGACGUUUAAGGUUUCCGUUGAUAAGGAAAAAGGAGAAUUUAGUUGCAGCUACAAGCUGUUUGAGUUUAGGGGUAUCUUGUGCUGGCACAUUAUCAAGGUGAUUCAUACUGAAGAUAUCGAGUGCAUCCCAGAGAAGUAUAUUUUGAAUCGAUGGAGGAAGGAUCUCGUUAGGGAUUACGAGGGCAUAAAGGUGCCUUAUUACGACCCUAAGGAUUCAACUAACGUAGCUCAGAAAGAUGAAAUUCAAAGGAGGCACAAAUACCUUUCAACGUUAGCAAUGCACAAUGAUGAGACACUCUCAAUGUAUUAUGAAGCAACUAACAAAGUUCGUACUGCUCUUGAAGAUGUUAUUGGUAUUCGUAGGACUGAUGAAGUGGAUGGUUUUGAUUGGAGUCACCCAUCCAUGAAUAGAGUUUUUGGCCGGCGUAGGAUAAGGCCUAAGGAGAAUAAUCAAAGACAUCUUGAAAGUGUGGCAAAGCCUGUAGGUGAAGGUCAAAUUAAGAAUCCGGUUGACAAACGAGGCACUGGAAGGGCUCCUACGAAGAGAAAUAAACAUCCAGCCGAAAAACGGAGUCGUAAAAAGAAGAAGAAAAGCGUUUAUGAUGACGAUGAAGAAAUUGGAUCAGAAGAGCUUGAUGGUGGAAAUAUCAAUGGGAAUGGCAAUUAUGUGGAUACAUCAGUGUAUUACGGUUUUCAACCACAAUUUUACAAUGGUUUAUUUCCCUAA